AUGGACUAAAACAAAGAGGGAGAAGGUAACUCCAAUAUGUAAAAAAUAUUUGGGGCUUCACGUAAACGCAAUAUUUUUAAAGCUUUAUCUAAGAACAAGAGCACUAGUUGGAUCGAUAAGUUUUAUCAUACUUGGAAAUCAUAAGAUAUUUAUGGGAAAAAAGUAGAAUUUACUUAUAAAGGGCAUAAGAGAUUUAAGACAUUAUUAGGGGCUACAUUCACAUUUAUAUAGAGAGUCAUUAUCACAAUAUUUAUUGUUUACUAACUUUAUAUGCUUUAUUCUCGAAAACACCCUAUUACUCAUAGUAAGCCUAUGAUACUGGAUUAUGAUUAAAUGGUUGAAUUCAAUCUUAGGGAUAAGGGCUUUGAUCUAGGGUUUAAACUAGAAGGCGAUAAUUUGGAGUUAAUGGAUAUGACCUACGGAGAAAUAAUUGCUGAGUAACAAAUAAAUUACAAAAACUCUAGCACACUUUUUUUAAAUGAACUUGAUGACAAAUAUAGUACUAGUAAAAAUCAUCAAUUAACAAUAAAUAAAUGUGAUAAUAAGAAUUUCAAUCAGAUUUCAUCUAACGAUUUUUCAAGAUAUGACAUCAGCAGUUAUUAUUGUAUUAAUAGCGAUUAAUCAUUCAUCUUGGAAGGAGAUGUAAGAAGCCAGGUUUAUCAGAAUAUCCAAGUUUCUAUAAAAUUGUGCUAGAACUCUACAAAUUUUACUUUUUGUAAAAGUAAAGAAUAAAUUUUAGAAUUUUUCUAAGGCAAGAAGUUGAACUAUAUUUUUACAAACACAAAUUUUGACUUUACUAGCUACGGAGCUGAACUUUAGUACUAUAUAGAUGAUUAGCAUGAAAUAUUUAUUGAGAUGGAUCGUAAUCAAGUUGAUGAAUUAAGAGUAAAAUAAGCAUUUUCACAAUAAUGGGAUAACGUUUUUACCUUUUGGGAUUACUCUUAUCUAUUUUUCUUUUAACUUGAUGGAAUUUUUAAUAAGAAUUACCCUAGUUCAAUAGUGUUGGACUAAAACAAUGUUGCAGCCAUUUCGAUACAUUUGGAAAGAAAAUCUAUAAAAUAUGUGAGAUUAGUUGAAAAUGUUUUUGACGUUUUGGAAUCUAUUGGUGGUUUUAAAGAAUCUAUUCACUCUAUUAUAUUAAUUAUGAUCAUAUUCUUCCAAGAGAGGUUGUUUAAGGGUUCGUUCAUCAAGUAACUAUACUAAGAGAAAGUACAUACAUAGUAAAAAAAGCAAUAUAAUACAUAGUAAUCUAUGAAUGCGAGUAGUGCCUUAUCUAUGAAAACUAAGCCUAAUUCUAUUUAUUAACUUAAGAAAGCUUUUUAAGAAAAACUUGCUCACAUGAAUAAGCAAGAGAUUGGAAAGAGAAAAUGUUCUGAUAUGAAUGUCCUAGAAAGUAUUAUUACUAGGGAUCAUUUGCAUGAUAACAUGAUUACUAGAAUUAUAGAUGAAAUACUCUUAAGAAAAUCCUUUUAAUAUGGCUAUAGAAUGAUCAUCGAUUACCUUUUCAAGUUAAUAUGUUGUAAAAGCGUAAAAAGACUAAAAACAGAUGGUGGUUUAAAAUAACUUUUUAAGUAUUUAAAAGGUAAUGAAAGAUUAGAAUAAGAGUUAGAUAUUGUUAACCUACUAAAAUCUAUUAGACAAAUGAAAUCACUAAUAGAAUUCCUGUUGCCGCUUAGAAGAAGAAUUUUACUUAAAUUUUCUAAGAAAAACCUGAUUUAAACAUCUUCUUCAUCAUCUGAUUCAGACUAUUAUCAAAAUGAUAUUAUCAAUCACUUAAAUGGGAAGAAUUAGUUUAAGAAACUUUCUGCUAUCGCAAAAAUAAAGAGAAUUCUCUUGCAUUACAAGAAUAACAUAAUGGAUGAUAAUGAUAAAGUGCUAAUCAAAGGAAUUUUUAUUAAAAGAGCAAAAGAUUUUCAUGAUGAUAUUUUGAGUUCCCCAAUGAUGAGCAUAGCUAAAAUAAAAUGA